AUGGUCUUCAUCAAGGAAGGCACCCCAUCCCCCUUGGUCUUCAUUGCCUCAUUCACCGAACGCAAGUCCAGUGCCACGGUUGUGAGGGAGGCGGGGAGGGUGGGGCGAGCACUGACUAGGAAGCUCCAGACACUUGCUAGCAACACCUGCCGCCGCCCGCCUGUUGGCCCCGCACACUCACACAGUCACGGGACUCUCGCUACUUUAUUCCUACUCUCCGUUACUUCAAGGCCGCAAGGAAUGAUGGCGCCAGAAAAUAGUCAACAACUACAUGUGUUACUGCUGCUGCUACACACCCUGGCCUUCAAGAGCAGUAUGGCGGCCGUUUCUGUCGUUCAGUUAAUGGCGACCAUCAGCAAUGAUUUGACAGUGACGGUGAUGAACGAUGAGCCGAUCAGCUCGGGUAACCUAAUGCUGCAGCUGUGGAGGAACCCUGAUGUGGCUCGACCCGACCCCAACGGAGUCUUCAUCAGGGAGGAGGAUUUCGGUGAAGGAGGUCUUCCAGACGUCGGCGCCACCGCAAACUUGGACCUAAACAACGACGCUGGGGAAGAAGGGCUGUGUGGGUAUUACUUCGUCUGCGUCUCUGCUUAUGUUGGAGAAGUCCCAGAAUUCUAUGAGCCUUCUCAGUACAAAUGCAUCGCUCAGCUCAAAAACUGCAGCGAAGCUGUGGAUCUGCAGUGGAUGGUGAGCGAGACUGAUGGAACCCCGACACUUUCAGCGCAACCAGGAGGAAACGUUAUGGCUUCCGGGUUCAGCAUGGCAAUCGUGAACAAGGGAGCAGCAGCAAUGGCGCAAACAUCACUCCUCAACGCGCCGGAGGUUCAGGCUUAUUUGGUGUACACGAAACCAAAGAUGAGCUUGUCCGGGAUGACCGUACCGGCGUUCAACUUGACUGACGGAAUGACCAUAACGGAUGCCAUAGAGCAGGACCGCGCUAAGUACCUGCAGCACGUCGAGAAGUGGAAGCAGAGUUGGGUAAGACUUCGAGGCUGGGAGUUGCUCAUGACUGACGCAGGCGCUGGGAAAUCUUUGGGCAUAGAUGAUGACAUGCCGGUAGACGUGACACAACUGUCUGCCCCUGAUACAUUCACCAAGAAGUUCGCCCUAGUGGCUUUCGUCAUCGACCCUUUCAGGAGGACCAAUGACAAUAACUUCGACAACAACAUCGUCUUCGCUUGGAUAAACCUUCAGGGAGCAAUGAAGAGGCGGGGCCGGGCGGAUUGCGAGGUGGUGCCCGAGAUCGGGGCGGCCGGCAAGGGGGCGCUGGUGCAAAUGAACGAUGGCAUCUGGUCUAUGCCGAUCAAGUUUACGGUGAGGUACUACGGUGCUGAGUUUGCCGAGGUGAGUGAACGGACAGUGAAGGAGAGGGAGGAAUUCGCCAUGGCCACUGAACGCAAAGUUAGACUCGAAAAACUCAACCUUUGCUCCGCCGGCCUGCAGGACACCGCCAGUAAUGACUCGUUGUUGGUGAAACUGAGGGAUACCAGCAGCGCCAUUUAUGAAUCCCUAUCCCAGCUUGAACCAACACUGGACGAUGUGCACGCGGAGUUUGAGGCGUUGAUGCGUCUGGUGCAGCAGGCCGCGGAGCAAGCUAUAGCGACACAUGGACCUAUACGGUGGCUGGUGCUGCGCAUACUACCUAGCAUCAUCUCCUAUUUCGAUGUUAAUCCCCAAGGUCAUGACCCCUGCUAUGGCCCCAACGAGGGGGUUUUCUUUCCAGACGACCAUUAUUAUCAUCAGUCAUUAGAUCCAGGACUGGACACUAAUUUUGAUGACGAAGAUUUAAACAUGGAUGGACAUUCCAGGCAUGACAAGCAUAACAAGACAAAUUCCUUCAAGCCACGCACGGAGAAGCUGCACGAGGAUGACAUGCCCGACAUGCAACCUAUCUUCCCAAUGCCAACUCAUAACGUAGAUGAGUUUCGAAGAAAGUAUCCAGUACUGUACAUCAUGCAGCAGAUCCGCAACAAUGUGCCUGUGAGGAGCAUUGAGGAGCUGAGCGUGCUGCCCCAAACAAUGCUGGAUGACCUGGAGCAAGUGGUCAACCUCUACAAAAGCGGCACGAUAAACGUGUUUUCGGACCUGAUGACAUAUGAUGGAAUUUACGAAACGUUAUAUGAGAUCUGGUGGAGUUUGGGAGCCGAUGUGUAUGCUGGAAAGGCGAUUGCCCUGGAGGACGCUUUGGAUCGAAUAGUUAAUUUCCUCAGUACCACCAACUUUACGUCGGACGCAGAGUUCAUGUCCGACUCCUACAACGAGUAUAUGAAGAAAACACUCGACCUCGCUAUCGAGUACCUGAAGGUGGCCAAGAACAACUCAGCGGCCGUCUCAGAACUGCUUGAGAUGGUCUCUUCUAUGUGGACUAACCCCGAACAGCUGUGUUGCCUGAUAAAACAACCAGAACGAGCCCCGAACCAAGAGAUGGUUUGCCUCAGAGAUGCUCAUGAGGAGGUAAGGCUCAUGACUGACUACUUCGAGAGCACAGGCGAAGAAGAAUUCUUUAGAAAUGUGUUCGAAGACGCCAUGAGGAUGAAACAGACCCAGAUGGAACCUACGUACUGGAAGAUAAAGGACGGCAGUGUGUACGCCAUAGAGAGAUGCCCCCUGUCCGGUACUUUCAUGUGGGAGCAAGUAGCCCUUUGCUCCUGCCCGAAUGCUUAUGGGUCGCGUGCAGGUCACGACGACGACGAGGACAUGGAAGAGGAAAACGAUAUGAAUUUCUGGGAUGACGAAGAUUAUUUCGAUGAAUCUGAAGGCUCAGAAAAACCCAGGUCUAAGGGAAAAGGAAAAGGGAGGGGGAAAGGGAAAGGAAAAGGAAAGGGAAGAGGAAAGAACAAAGGUGAUGGAUCUGAAACCGAUGGAUCAGAUGAGGAACUUGAUUUUGAACUUCUUGAAUUCCCAGAAGAAAUAAGAGAUAAAGAAGACCGUGAGGAUCGAGAACCAUACGUGUCCCCAUUACGACACGAUAAUCGGUCACCUAGAAAGAUUCCUAGCCACACUUCUGCUCAAAAUGAGUACGAGAUUGUGAAUGCUGCAGACCUCAUGGCCAAAUCAUCGUUUAGUAUCUCGCUGAAGAACGCGACCACCGCUGUUGUCAAUGGUACCAAUCUGGAGGUAGUAGGGUGGCUGCAAGUUACUGGAUGGACUGAGCAGCUCCAUGGCAAAGUGAGAACAAACAGCUCAGUGUGCAACGACGGCAUGUGGGGCGAAGCUGAGGCCACGGUUGCCUGUCGCAUGGUGUUCAACAAAAUAAAAAAAGCGUCACCAUACAACGUUAACAUCAGCGAAGAUGGUCUUAAAGAAGUCCCGCGGGCCAUGGUGAGGCGAGUAUCAUGCAAAGGUGAUGAGCAUAACCUCCACGCGUGUCAUGACCACUGGGACAGAGGCGAGUGUGACAGCAACGUGCCAGCCGGCGUGAAGUGCGUGCUGCCCCUGACCUAAUCGCCGCAGAUUCACUAGAGCGACAUGGGCGGGACGGGCGGCACAAGAUCCGACGAUGCGUAACCCUUCACUAGCCUUAAAUUCUGAUUUUCUCUUUUUUCUUUUUGCCGAAUGUAAUUAUUAUUAUUUUCUUUUUCUUUUUUUAGUAUUGAGAUUCAAUCAUAGGUAACGAAUUACGUGUGUGUGUGUGUGUGUGUGUGUGUGUGUGUGUGUGUGUGUGUGUGUGUGUGCGGUUAUAUUCUUUUGCAAAAUGGAAACCUGAUACCUAGAUAUGUUUAUUUUUUUAUAAUCAUUAUAGAUUAGAUUCUUGAGACGCAUGAGUGAAAUCAAUUAUCUACUGAGGGGACGCCCGGCGAGUGUACGAUGCUGCCUCGCUGUUAGCAGAGAGCAUCCUCUGCGUGCCGCAGCCUUGCCAAGAGGAUGACCUUCUUGUUUGGUGGUCUAGAAAUAUCUGUGAUUUGUGUGCCUUGGGGGUAUUAUCACCAAUACAUACCUAAUACAAUAUAUGUAUAGCAUCCUAUUUUUAUAUUCACUUCAUCAUAGUUGCGGCAAUGCGUGGGACCGAUUACUAGUAUAGUUCCAACGUAGCACCACCGGAGGCGAGCGACCAUCAGAAUUAAUAUUCAAUGUAAAUAGUUCACGACUCUUACUUUGAAAUUCUCUGAGUUUUCAUAUAACAGUUUUUCAAAGGCUACCGGAAUGAUCGAUCGGGUUGUCAAGAAUAAUUUUUCUCUUGAUGGUUCAGAGUCAUUGUUAAUGUAUCACCGGAAUUAAGAAUACAUACUUGAAAACGUUUCCAACAUCCUUUGGAUCUUGGAGUCGCGAUAUGAGUCGAAGCGUUUAAAAAUAUUCUUCCAGUUAUGAAGUGAUGGAAAUUGUUUGGUUAGGAGUACAGUUAUUUCGUUAAAUAAGUUAAUAAUUAAUUGUAAGUAUCACGCUUGAACUCAAAAUAUCGUAACUACAAUCGUAGCAGAAACACUAGUUUAUUUUACUCUGCUACCUUGUUUUAUUUUUACUGCAAGGUUACGGGCAAUGCAAUGUAGCGGCUUGACUAAAAGAAAGGUUGUCUACUUACAAUGUAACCUGUAGUACAACCAAAUCAGCUUUUAGACAAUGUUUCUCACAUGCACGUUAUGCUUGGUAACGGAACUGAAGCAAUUAUGUUUUUUUUUUUUUAUCUAUGAUUUAAUGAAUUUAAUCACUACAAUUAUCAACACUAUCAGGAGGAAGAGAGCGCUGAUUAAUUAAGAACAAGAAUAGCCUUGAAAUGUCAUGAUCCGUUUAGACACGUAUACGUUUACAAAUGCCAAGCUGAUAUGGAAAGCAGUGUUGCAGAUCUUGUGCCUGUGGAGUAAACUUUCAUUCACCAUCUGAUGAUCAGGCCAAGCAAUCUGACCCAAAGUUGUGGCGAGUAUGAGAUGAUAGCAAGAGCACAUCCCACCCCUCAUCACCGACCGUGCGUGUCUUGUCUGCUGUAGUGUGCUUACCAGGCCACAAUGGUCAUUCGUGAUUUCUUGAGAAGCUUGACAUGUAGAACUCAAGAAUAUGUGUUUCAUCCAGAGAGAAGAAUAACAUUGUAUAAGCAACUCUCAGUAGUCUUGACAUUACUUUAGUACACUAGUACUUAUAUUUAAGAGAAGCUAAAUUAUUCAGUGUGUGUGUUUGUGUGUAUGUGUGUGUGUGUAAUUCACCUCCUCGGUCGUCUGCUGAUCACCCAGCCAGUCUUCCCCAUUACGGAGCGAGCUCAGAGCUCAUUGAUCGA